GGACACGCACACAGAACCCACGACACAGACACGCACGCACGGACGGACGGAGGGACGCACACACACCCACCCACCGGAGCGGAGAGAGGAGCGGGGCUGAGCGGAGCUGUGAGGCCGGACAGGAGGACUGAUGCCCGUUGGAUUAUGGGACUUCACAUGUUUCUGAACAAACGGUGUUAACUGAAGCAAAACACAACCUUUCUGUCACCCGGAGCACAAACUAUCAACCAAUCAGGCUCAGUGAAGGUUAUAAAAGGGGUCAGAGGUCAUCAUGCAGACUAUAAAGUGUGUGGUAGUGGGCGACGGUGCUGUGGGGAAGACUUGCCUCCUCAUCUCCUACACCACUGGAGCGUUUCCCAAAGAGUACAUCCCCACUGUGUUCGACAACUACAGUAGCCAGGUGACGGUGGACAGCAGGACCAUCAGUCUGAACCUGUGGGACACGGCGGGGCAGGAGGAAUAUGACCGGCUGAGGACUCUGUCAUACCCACAGACCAACGUCUUCAUCAUCUGUUUCUCCAUUUCAAGCCCCGCCUCCUACGAGAACGUCAAACACAAAUGGCAUCCUGAGGUGACUCAUCAUUGUCCUGGAGUUCCCAUCCUCCUGGUCGGGACAAAGAGCGACCUCCGGAACGACGGCGAAAUUCAGAGGAAACUGAAGGAGCAGAACCAGACCCCAGUCACCCACCAGCAGGGCACCGCCCUCGCCCGCCAGAUUCACGCUAUCCGCUACCUGGAGUGUUCAGCCUUGAACCAGGAUGGAAUUAAGGACGUGUUCACUGAGGCCGUGAGGGCCUUCCUGAACCCGCAACCCACGGUUAGCAAGAAGCCCUGUGUCCUACUGUAGACCAGACCAGAUGAAGACCAGACCAGACGAAGACCGGACCCAGACCAGACCAGACCAGUAGACGACAAGGGGCUGAUUCUGCAAAAAAAAAAAAAAAAAAAUACCUGAAAGACU